GUAACAAGCGAAUCACCAACAACACCUUCAUCAUUCCCUAUCAUUCCUUCAGUGAUGAUAACUCCUCCUUCUUCUGUUAUUAAAAUGACAACACGUAAAGACAUAUUAUCUAACAAAACGGCAUUCAAAGCUGUGACAGCACCCAAGGCAAUGGCAUCUAAAGCGAUGGUAUCAAUGGCAAUGACAUCCAAAGCGACGGCAUCAACAGUAACGGCAUUCAAAGCGAUGACGGCAUCUAAAGCGAUGGUUGAUUAA